CCCGCCCCGCCAUAGAGACGCAGCGCGGCUAGAGAGUCCUCCGGCGCCUUCCGCGCGGCUGCGACUGGGAUCCUAGCAACCGAGGGUGACGACGCGACGCGGCGCGGCGGUCCUGGGCGGCUACUGCGAGUCUGAAUGCGCCGGGGGCUGACUGGUGACCCUGGCCGAGAAGAGGGGCUUCAGCAGACAAACCAGCAAGAGGACGCGACCCUUGGGGGCCAGGACCUGCGAGGGACAGCGCCGUGGUGGUCAGGGGGCGAGACGAGAUGGCAUCCCCAGCGCGGCGACCUGGCCGAUCCCUGAGCCCGCACGGGCGAGCUCCCAUCCUCCCGAGAGAGCUGAAGGGAGCCGCCGGAGGGCCGGCCGCUAGGGCUCCUCUGACGCCGGAGGAGAUUAAACAGCGGAGGGCUGCACCGCUCAGUACCAGGAAGGUGUGCGGCCUCCGGACGCCCCGCACCCCGCGGAAGCCCGCAUCGGGACGCUGUGCCCGAGAGAGGCCGAGCCCUGCCGCCAGCGCCUGUUCCUCGGUCGUCACCCUCGGUGACCUGCAGAGUUGCGCUAGCGGGCGCCUAGAUCCCGAGAGCGUGUUUGCGGAGACGGGUGCAAGUUCCCCUCCACCAUCGGCAUAUUUUAUACUUCUCCAUCAGUGCCUGCCCCCAGAGAAACUAACGAAGAGGGAGAAGAGACUGAAAGGAAAGAUUGUAGUGACCCUGAGCAAGCUGAACAACCAAAUCCAAGAAGCUCAGACGAGGCGGCGCUGGCUGCUGGAGGAGAACAGGCAGCUGCAGAAGGAAAAGCUUCUCGUGGAAGCUGAAAGCAAAUCCAUUCUGGACUACCUCACUGAAAACAGUAAGCACCGCGAGAGAAAGUGUGAGGAGCUGUGGAAAGAGUAUUUCCAGCAAUACCAGGAGCUGGAGCAGAGGAAACAAGAAUUAGCCUCCAGAUAUGAGAAAGAAACCUCAGAGCUGAAAGCACAGCUCUUGCGGGGCGAAAAGGCCCAGUACAAGUUGGAGCAGUGGUUGCAGACUCUGAGGAACAUUGCCACCAUCAAGGAGAGGCAGGACAGGAGAACACAGACCUUGCAGGAGCAGAUAGACAGGGUCCCAGCAGAGCUGCACGUGAAGGACCGGGAGGCACACUUCCAGUUCCUCCAGCAGAAAGCCCUCCUGGAGCAAGAAAUCAAAGAGCUGGACCUGGUGCAGGAGCAGCUGGGGAACAGAAAAAGAGGGAAGCUCGAUGGGAAAGCCCAGGCCUUGGAGUGCACAGCGCAGAAGUCUCGUUUUGAAUUCUGCCACAGCAUCUAUAGAGAAAACCAGCAACUGAGGAAGAAAUUAAUGCCUCUCCUUCAGGAAGCCCAGAGACUGGAAGCUCUUCAGACCCGGUUAGAAAACCGGAAGCAGCAGCUGAAGCAGAGACAGUGGUACCAGGAAUCCGUAAUGAGGGGGAGGCAACGACUACAGUCCAGGCGGGACUGGAGCCCAAAGGGACCCGGUGCUCCAAAGGCCACACCCGCACCCUCCCCUAGACUCCAGGCCAAGAUCCAAAGGGACCCCGAAAGUAACAGACCAAACAAGAACUGGACCCUAAACUAGAAACCCCUCUAAGUUAGAUGGAAUACUCCGAGGCUGAAAGAUUUUUGAGUUGUGCCAUCUAUUGCUCUGGCAACACCUGAAAUUCUAAGAGGACAAAGUUACCUAAUUAUACCAAGCCCUCUACAGUAAUUUUAGGGGACUUAGUUAUCCUUACAUGUGUAUGCCAUCGUUCACAAAGGACCUCUUGUCAUUUAUAUAACCAUAUAUUUAUGCCCAUUUAAUGGAACGGAGCAUAGCAUUUUAAUGUAGGCUUUUAUUGAUUCAAGUUGUACUUUUUGCAUUUUAUGGCAAUAGAAGCUAGACCAUUGAUUUUACUGGAAUAUGAAUCUUGGUGCAGCUGAGUAUAUUUUCAAUUUUUUGUACCAGGGAUCGAAUUCGGGACUCUGCACUUGUGAGGCAGGUGGUAUAUAUUUGGGGAUUUUAACAUUGCUCCUCUAUGGAAAGAUAGCCUCAACUGUGUUUGCCAGAAAAGGUUAGUGACGAAAAAUUUCACAGUCUACUUUGUGAAUUCUCAGUCUUAUUUCUAGGUAAAACAAAUUUAUUGAAAACUGGACUAGGGGCCAGGGAUUUAGCUCAGUGGCUCUGCUGCCUGCCUUGCAAGCACCAGGUCCCAAGUUCGAUCCCUGGUACCAAACACAAAUAAAAAAAAGAAAACUGGACUAAAAAGACUUCUCUUUCCAUGUGCCUUUCACUCCUAGCUUUAAUGUUUUUCGUUAAAUAUGUGAUUUCUUUGUGUUAUUAAAAA